UUUCAGCAGCGAGCGAGGCGCGGUGCAUUGUGGGGUACAAAUACAGCACAGAAAGGACAACAGCGAACACAAAGGAAUAAAAAAGCACCUCGGCAACUUUAAGCAGCUGUUUUUUGUCAUGUGAAUCAAUGUGAGCGUUAACCAAGCUGCGAGUAGAGGAGGGUGGCAGGCCAACAACUGCCUAAAGACUAGGGAAUGUGAGGGAGUGAAGUGGAGCGGCAGGGCGCGUCGCUGUUAGUGUCCGACUGCUUUGUCAGCUGAGCUAUUUCCAUCCCGAGGCCCGCCGCUAACACAGGCCGUAACCGGAAGGACACACUCUUUACAGGGUCUCUGAGACUCCAACAUGGGGGUCAAAACCUUCACACACAGCUCGACCUCCCACAGCCAGGAGAUGCUGGAGAAGCUUAACGCUUUACGCAAUGAAGGUCACUUAUGUGAUGUUACCAUUCGGGUUCAAGACAAGCUCUUCCUAGCACACAAAGUGGUUUUGGCCUGCUGCAGUGAAUUUUUCCGUUCCAAACUCAUAGGCCGGCCAGAGGAGGAGGAUAAGUUUGUGUUGGACCUUCAUCAUGUGACAGUCAGUGGGUUUGCCCCUCUGUUGGAAUAUGCUUACACCUCCACUCUUUCAAUAAGCACAGAGAAUAUUAUUGAUGUUCUGGCAGCUGCCAGUUACAUGCAGAUGUUUGCAGUUGCCAGCACAUGUUCAGAGUUUAUGAAGUCGAGUAUUUUGUGGAACUCAACAAACCACAACAACAUAACGGAUAAACCGCAUGAAGCAGCACCUGAAAGUGCUUCAUCUAACUGUACCCUGACGCCACUGGAUGGCAGCGUCUCACCUGUGUCAUCUGACUGCAGCGUGAUGGAGAGAAAUGUCCCCAUUUGUCGGGAAUCACGGCGGAAACGAAAAACCUUUGUGAGAAUGGCGUCACCUGAGAGUCCACUCAAAUGCACUACACAAAUGGUCACCACCUCCCCUCAAAUUCCUAACCCAUCUCUAUCAUUUUCUGAUGGCCCGGCUCAGCCUGUGGAGUCGUCCCUGGCUUUUCCCUGGACUUUCCCAUUUGGCAUCGACCGUAGGUUUCACUCCGACAAAUCCAAGCUGCCAGAGAGCCCACGUUGUUUAGAGCAAGGUGCUCCUGGGACCUCGGAGAGCGUGGUUUCUCGUCGGCUUAGUGACUUCUUGACGUGUGAGAGUUCCAAGGCAGUGUCAUCACCAGCUGCAGCUGAAGAGGAGGACGUCAGGGUGAAAGUGGAGCGCCUUAGCGAUGAAGAGGUUCAGGAAGCAUCAUCACAGCCGGUCAGCGCUUCACAGAGCUCACUGAGUGAUCAGCAAACGGUGCCAGGGAGUGAGCAGGUCCAGGAGGAGCUGCUUAUCAGUCCACAGUCCUCUUCUAUAGGAUCGAUGGAUGAAGGAGUGUCGGAGAGCUUGCCUUCUAUUCAGAGCACUUCUAAUGCUGGAGGACAUGCAGAGGAUGAUGAGAGGCUGGAAGGUAUUCAGUAUCCAUACCACCUCUAUAUAAGCCCAUCAGCUCGACCUGGCACCAAUGGCCCUGAUCGGCCCUUUCAGUGUCCAACCUGUGGAGUCAGAUUCACACGCAUUCAAAACCUCAAACAGCACAUGCUCAUUCAUUCCGGCAUUAAACCUUUCCAGUGUGACCGCUGUGGGAAAAAGUUCACACGGGCCUACUCCCUAAAGAUGCAUCGGCUGAAGCACGAAGGUAAACGCUGUUUCCGGUGCCAGAUUUGUAGCGCCACAUUCACGUCCUUCGGUGAAUAUAAGCACCACAUGAGGGUCUCCCGACACAUAAUCCGCAAGCCGCGGAUUUAUGAGUGCAAAACAUGCGGCGCCAUGUUCACCAACUCUGGCAAUUUAAUUGUACACCUGAGGAGUCUGAACCAUGAAGCAUCCGAACUAGCAAACUACUUCCAGAGCAGUGAUUUCCUCGUGCCCGACUACCUGAGCCAGGUACAGGAGGAGGAGGAGGCGCUGGGAGUUCAGUAUGAGUUGGAGGAGUCUCACAAUCACCCGGUCUACCCCGGCAGCACCUCCACCACCACUGCCGCCUCGUCCUCCUCCUCAGUCCAGAUGUCUGUCAUCUCCCAGGUCUCCUCUUCCACCCAGAACUGUGAGAAUUCUUCUGGCUUCCUUUCACCCGACCCCCUGGAUCCUCUGGAAGCCCCUGUCUCUCUCAAGAUGUAUGCUGAUGAGACAGCAGCCAUGACUGAGGAGACCAAGAUGGACAACAGUGUCGGGGGCGGUUCCCCAGAGGUGUUUGAGGAGGAGCAGCAGCAUCCACAGGCCAAGGACGUGGCUUCCAUCAGCAUAGAGUGAUCCAAGUCUUCUGCCUGUCCAUCCUGUCUUACUGUGUAGUCUUGUCAUAUGGGAACACCUGCUGGAAUGGUUCGACAGCUGAAGGAGACCACAUGCACUUGUUGAAGCUCUAUCACGUGGGAGUGUGAGGAUGCAGGGAUCAAAGAUUUCCGGAGAUUCCUGCUGACUUUGUGACUUUUGUUCUACAAACAAAACAGAAGCACUUAUUUGGGGUUAUGUGAAACACCAGAUUUCAUUAGGUCAGACCAGCUGGGUCAAAGCGCAUUAUUACUACCUGGAAAUGUGAGUCAACAGUAUUUAUGAGGUUGUUUUUGUCCCAUAUGACUUGAAUGCAGCUAAAGUUGUUUUGUCUUAGCCAAUUGGAGGUCUGUCCAUUCCAAGCCUUGCUCUAAUUUUAGAAAGUGCCUGAGAGUUCACUAAUAAGAAAAGUGAUUGGUUAUUGUAUCAGAUGAUGAAAAGCGAAAGGACUUGACUUUGUCAAGUGGCAACUCGAGUCUUUGCAAACUUAGCUGAAAUGUAUGAAAUUUGUAGAAUAAUGUUAGUUUGUAUGGUCAGAGACUGUGUUAUUCCUUUGGUGCCAUUGCUAUUGGCAAGCUAUUACAUGUUGUUAUAAUCUAUACUGCAAUAGGUUGUACUGUAGUUCUAUAUGAAUGCUGUGUGUUGGGUGUUGUGAAAUAUGAGCUGUCAGGUGUGUGUGUGUGUGUGUGUGUGUGUGUGUGUGUGUGUUCACAUUUCUAUGAUCAAUAUGAACACAGUGCAUUUCAUGUUUAAAUGUUUAAAACUUGAAAUAUGUUAAAACAUAUUCCCUAAAGAUAUUUGUGUCGUAGAAAUUUUUGACCAUUUUUUGUAAUAUUUUUUAGGAAAUGUUUUGAAGUUGAACCUUGUUUCUCCACAAAGAUAAAAUGUGAUAUUUUAGGUCACAACUGUUCUGAUUUCCAACCAAUGACAAAACCAAAUGUGUUCUGUUAACAGUUGAAGGUUGUUCAUAAAUACCCAGAUUGUAAAAUACGGUCAUGUAGCAGUUCAUCCCAGCUGAAGUUUAGCCAGCUUGACAAAAAGCAGUUUUUAAGUCAGUUUGUAUUGUAAACUUAAGUAUUUCACAUGCUUUUACUUAUAGGUACAUAACGAUUUAUCACGAGUACUGUUGCUGUGACUAAUCAUACAGCUUAGCUAGACUGUUUGGCUCUUUCACAUUUAAGAUCUGUGACUUUAUUUCUCUCUGCACUCACUUUUAGGAACUCUUGUGCAAAUAUGUAGUAAAAAAAACAGUUUGUGAGCUUUUAACAGCUGUUUGCUAAAGGAUGAUGUGGAGUGAUGAUGUUUUCUCCUUCAGUUUUAUUCUCAGCUUGUCUUUGUUGCAGACAGUGAUUCUAAAUAUAGUAUAAUGCAGCUCAGCUUCAUAGAACAAGUUGACCUUUUGUCACAAAGGUCACAUUUCUGCAGUGCUUGAGCUCAGUUGCACUGGUGUGACCACUCAAAGUGGUUGGAGUGUGUAGUUUCUAUUGUGUUGGCCAUUAUCAGAACCAAGUUGUCAUGAGGCUGUAAGGUGUUAAUGUGAUGAAACUGCUUUAAAGAGCAGUGGAAACAUCUCCAUGUAGGAACCCAAAUACUGUGAGUUGUGGAGAACCUGAAGUGUGUUAAGCAGGACCUGAUGGUUUGAUUGCCGGCUGUUCUUUACAUUUCAUAUUCCUCUACAUUAUUGUGCUGUCUGGAUCAAACCUUUCCCUUUGUUGUGCCAACAUGGCUGCAGUUUAGAACAUAAACCUUGUUGUGCCUGGAUUCUGAGAAGAUGGCACCCACGGUGAUCACCCAUCAGUUGAAUGCUACUGAUGGUCUCUGUUCGUUGUUAGUUUUCAGGCCCCUGACAGUAGUCCAAUCAGAUGGCACUUGAGGUUAUUCCUGCAGGAUAUCCGAGCUCACUCCCAAGCUCGAUUGGAAAUGUUGACCUGAACAAUGCUGUGAAUCGAGUAUAAAAUUCCUGAUCAUCACUAAGAGCUCCAAACCAGAGCUGGUGUUGCCCAGUGCCAUCCUCUCAGUCACUUUUUAAAAAAAGUUGUGCCAUUUGCCCUUUUAUGUGGGUACAAAUCAAGCUUUGUAAUACAGGACCAAAUGUUCUCUGUCUCAUUGGGUAUUUGCCAUGGCAAUCAGUAGUUGCACAUGAUAAAAGGAGAUAAUCAUUCUGAGUGGUUCACGCUGUUCAGCAAAGGGGUUCUGUUGUUGUGCCCCUACAACACUGUAUGAUAUUGUGCAUUUCUGAGGCGAGCCUUGGCAAAUGGACCUAUUAUCUCUACUUGCACAAUGUCAGAGUAAAGAAAAAGAAUACAUUUUUAUAUUCUCCAUUUGUAUGCCAUGCUCUCCAUCCCGUCGUGCGUUGUCUGUAUUCAACUUUUUUACGAUGAAAUGCUGCUGUUCGUUGAAACGCAAAAGUGCCCAAAACCUUUUUGUGAACUGACGUGUGCAAUAAAUGGACUGGUGUUUUAUAUGUGUCUUUGGAAUGGUAAUUCAAAUAUAUAUGCAUAUUGUACAGUAGAAUGUAUAAUUCCGUUUUAAUCAGAUGUGACUGAAGGUGAUUCAUACAGACAAGGACCCGUUUGAUGUGUGAAACAAGGCCUUUGGUUCUAUUCAGCUCCUAUGUGUUUGUUUCAAAGGUUGCAUGUUCAUAUUGUUCUGUGAAGUGAAAGGGCGCAUGUCCUGAGUUGGUAAGUUUCGUCUAGGCCUUAUAACUUCAUCCAACGUAGCUCUGAUCUGGUCAGCAUGCCCUCUUCCUUGAUCUACACUAUAUUUUUUAUGUGCAAUGUUUAGAAAUGCUCUGGUUACUGGAUAUGCCUUUUUCAAUGUACACUUGAUGUUGUAUAUGUUUUUCAGUCCACAUGGUUUAUUUAAAAAGAAAAUGAGAUAAAAAAAAAAAGAAAAGAACUGGUAGCUCCACAUAAUAUCUAUUUUUGGUGAUUUUUGUAUUCUAGUUGCUGUUUCAUGGCAUCUUUAGAUAUUCUUGUUAAAUGUGAAUAAACAGUUGAGUCUUGGAGCUUUUAUUUGAGGGGGGUACCUUGGUAGUCUUCACUUUGUAACUGUCUGCAGUCUGUGUAUAUAUACAUAUAAAUAAAUGUACAGUAUAUACACUUAA